GUAGGAUAGAUAUUAUGCAGGAGCUUGAGAAAGCCAUGCAAGCAGCAAGCAGCAAGCUGAGCACAGCUCAAUCAGGCUUGGCUUGAUCAGCAUAGCAGCCCAAUCGAGUGCAUCCUUCUACCAAAUGAAGUUUUGAGAUGCCUGGCCCACGAUGAACACGCCACGCAAGCAUACAAAGCGCCCCUUCCGGAGGCGGAAGAAUGCCCGGCCGUCCUUUUUGAGCAGGGUGCUGCAAUUCGGUGCAUAUUUGCUGGUGUUUGCGCUUGGCGGUUGCUAUCUAAAAGUUGCAUCCCACGGCGGCUCGUGGCCAUUUAAAACUGAGGCUGCGAACACGGUUGAUAAACUUGGACGGCAGGUUGGGGGCCUCCAGAGGAAGUUCGGCGGCCUUGCGUCGCAGGGGUUUCAAGUGCUUGACCAUGAGAAGGGCGAACAACUUAACCAGGUGAACAAAGGCGGCCAGAAGGAGUCGGAAGGUGUCCAGGGCGAUCACCAGAUUGAGGAAGCGGUGAUUCAGCGAGCGGGCGAGCGAGAGAAGAAGCUGCAGGAAGAGCAGGAUGCAUUGGGGGUUGACGUCUCGGACGAGGCAGACAACGGGCUUUGGGAGGGGGACUCCCCCACAGAGAUAGGAUUAGCACUGCACGCUUCGCAGGAGAGUGGGGACAAGGGCUUCAAGAGAAGCUUCCAGCUUCCUUCUCGUCGGCGCCAAAAAGCGCCGGGGCUAGUUUCAAGGGUGGCAGUGGGGUCAUGCACGGCGAGGACCGACAUUCCGCAGCCCGUCUGGGAGCAGGCCGUAAUCCCAGCUGAACCGGAUGCGUGGAUUUGGGCGGGGGACCUCGCAUACUUGGACUGGCCGGACGUUGAUUGCCGUGCAUCACCUGAACACCCCAACUGCGAUUGCGAGAAGGACUGGCUCAAGUCCUCGUACCAGUCCUGCCUCUCAGGCGACAUGACCCAUGCACGCGCCAAGCUCCAAGCGCAGCUGGAGCACCCCGACUACGUGCGCUUCCUCCGCUACAUGUGCCCUGCGUGGCAGCCGCACGGGCUCUUCGGGCCCGACGGCGCGGACCCUGCUCUUUGUCCGAGAACGAUCCUUGGCACGUGGGACGAUCACGACUACAACUGGCAGGACGGGAACCGGAGGCUCCCCCGGAAAGAAGCGCAGAAGCAGCUGUAUCUGGACGCGCUGGGCGUUCGGAGGGACGAUUCGAGGCGGGAAGUUGGCCGGGGGCUGUAUGCGAAGCAUACCCUCAAUCAGGGAGUCGCCGGGAAGGAGAUCGAUGUAUUUUUGUUGGACGGGCGGUACUACCGGGACCCCAAGCCGUGUGCUCUGCGUCGGGACUUUUGCGAAAAGAUGGUGCUGACGGACCCAAAGAAGGACAAGUACGCGUGGUGUCACGACUUCCUGCACGGGGGCCGGAACGGCACCGGCAGUUGCUGCAGAAAAGACGAGGCUUUCCGCGACGGCUGGUGCCGGCUCGAGUCCAGCCAAAACGACUUCCUGUGGGCGUCCGCAUGCGACCCGACGUCGGCAUCGUUCGGACAGAUUCGGACGCGGCUGGAGUGGCGGGAGCACCUGGACAGGAUGGCGCUUGUGCGGGUGGAGAACGAGAGCGGGGAGGGCGGGAACGAGAGCGGGGAGGAAGACGAGGAGGAGGGGAUGAUGUGCGAGGUCCUCGGCCACGAGCAGCGGCUCUGGCUGACGACCGAGCUCCGCGCAUCGCGCGCGCCCCUGAAGCUGGUCGUUGUCGGUUCGCCCGUGUUCAACAACCCCUCCCAGACCCCGUGCAAGGGCAAGGUCCCGAAGGACUUGACGGCGCCCGUCACGUGCCCUUGCUUCGACGACUUCGACUGCUACCGGCCGGCCCAGGUCGCGCUCCUCCAUGCGCUCGCGAGCGCGCCCGGGUGCCCGGUUGUAAUCACCGGGGACUUCCACUUUUCGGAUCUGAAGGUUUUGCGACCGGGAAAGAGUUUGUACAGCGAAGAGUAUCAGUCGGAGGGAUUGGAAAAGCCGAUUUACCAAGUAAUGGCGAGCGGGCUGACAGUGGACACUGCUAAGCCUGCCACGUGUCAAGGUUUCCACAGAGAUCGGAUGGGGCUGCGAGUGCCUGGAGAAUGUGAUUUUGUGGCUGGGCCCGCGUUCGGGGUUGUGGAAGUUGAUUGGGAGCAAGAAUUGGUUAGCUUGCAGAUCAGGGACGGGAGCGAGGGGGAGGUACGAGUGGAAACUAGCUUCCAUCUCGGCACGUGCUUAGAGAAGGCAUCACUUGCACAGCGAACUUGAGCUCAAUUGGUGCGUUAUGCCAGCUAAUACUCGCAAUAUGCUGUCAAACCAGAACCUUGCUAGGCGAAAUAAAAAAAUAAAAAUAAAAAUAAGCUCAGCAACGCAGUCAACAACGCAUGCCUUUUGGUGAACAGGCCAGGUCUUGCACGAGAAGCCGUCCAAAGUUUAGAUGUUUUCCGGUGAUGCAGGAUCUUUCAUCAUCAAAGUCCCCUGAAGGCACAUGUGAGCACGAUAUUUGCAAAG